GUGCGCAACGACAACUCCAGCCGCUUCGGUAAAUUCAUCGAGUUGCAGCUCAACUGUGGUUGCCGAUUGGAAGGUUCCAAAUGCAGGACCUACCUUUUGGAGAAAUCUCGUGUCGUCGGACAGGAUUCUGGUGAACGAAAUUUUCAUAUCUUCUACCAGAUGCUUGCAGCUGAUGCGGAAACUCGCGCAGCGAUUGGCUUGGGCGAUUCUUCGCUGUCUCGUGAUUCGCUCAGAUAUACUAGUUUGGGUGGUUCCAAGACUGACACCAUUGAGGGCAAGAGCGAUGCCGAACGUUUUCAUGGCACUGUCUCAGCUCUUGCCCUGCUCUCUAUCGACGGGGAGAAGUUGACACGCUUGCUGCAGACGCUGGCUUCCGUGCUCUUGCUUGGACAGCUGGAGUUUGCAGGAAGCGACGAGUCCUCGAAGCUGGCAGACUGUGCUGGACAGGCUGCAGCUGCAGCCCAGGUGCUGGCUGUAGAUGUCGGCGAGCUGGAGCAAGCGCUCACACACCGCACUCUGCGAAUGCGGAACGAGAAGGUUGUGAAGCAGCUCCCACCAUCCAGCGCCACGGGGAAUCGUGAUGCUCUGGCCAAGGAAAUUUACGCACGAGUGUUCGAUUGGCUGGUGGAGCAGAUCUGCCAAGCAACUGGAGCGCCACCUGAGCGCGCGAUCAGCUUUGUCGGCUUGUUGGACAUUUUCGGCUUCGAGUCCUUUGCGAUAAACCGCUUCGAACAGCUUUGCAUUAAUUAUGCAAACGAGAAGCUCCAACAGAAGUUUACUCAUGACGUCUUCAAGGCCGUGCAGCAGGAAUACACUGCGGAAGGCAUCCCUUGGGAUCGCAUUGAGUUCAAAGACAACGCGCCAAUUCUGGCUUUGAUUGAGUCGAAGCUGGGUAUUGUGGCCAUGCUGAAUGAAGAGUGCGUUCGACCAAAGGGUUCGAACGAGAACUUCGUGUCCAAGUUGCUCUCGGUGCACAAAGAGGAUGCGGCCUUCUCGGUGCCCAAGCUGGGCAAGAUGAGAGAGCUACAGUUCUGCAUCCGCCACUACGCCGGUGAGGUGAUGUACACAGCGGAGGGCUGGCUGGAUCGGAACAACGACACUGUUUCCGAGGAUGUCAUAAACCUCAUGCGGGGCUCGGGAAACGAGCUUCUGGCGUCGCUGUUUACAGAGGAGUCCAAAGCAAAGCGGGACACUGUUGUCACCAAGUUCAAGACAUCGCUCUCGCAGCUGAUGGAAACCAUCGGGCAGACGAACACACAAUAUGUCAGGUGCAUCAAGCCCAACCAGAACAAGUCCCCUAGAGAAGUCAACAAUGAGAUGGUGGUCGAUCAGUUACGCUGCGCUGGCGUCAUAGAAGCCAUCCGCAUCUCACGAGCAGGCUUUCCAGCGAGGAUGCCAUUGAGGGAUUUUUCUCAGCGCUUUCAGCUGCUGGUUCAGAACUACUCUGCGGCCUCUUUGGCUUCUCAUGCCGAGAAGAACAUAGCGGCCCUUGGAGGUGACGAUGCCGCAAUCUGCCGCAAGUUGUUGGGCGCUUUGGUGAAAGAUGAGGAGAAGUACCAGGUUGGGCGCACACGUGUGUACUUCAAGAGUGGCGUAUUAGAGUCGCUGGAAGAGAGGCGCGCGCUGUUGAUGCAAGCGGCGGCAGUGGAGCUCGCGCGCAUGGUGCGUGGUCACCAGGCCAAGAAGCAAUUCCGACAGAUGCAGAUGGUUGCGAGGUGCACACAAGCGAUGUGGAGGAUGACUGUCGCCAGAGCUGCUUUCCAGCGUGUUCGACGGGCUACCGUAUUCUGUCAAGCGCGACGACGCGCAGUCCUGGCAGAGCGGAGGCUCCAGGUGUUGCGGCGAGAGAAGGCCGCUACGGCGUUGCAGGCGGCUUGGCGCCGGCGGGGCGCAAUGCUAGAACUGCUAACAGCAAGGACGGCAGCAAUCCGUCUGCAAGCCUUCGCAAGGCGAUGGCUAUGCAGACGGCACUACUUGGUGAGUUUGGCUGAGUUCAAAGAACAGGCCAAGCUGGAGAAUCAGGUGAAAGCGCUCAAAGCCAAGCUGGAGGCGCAGGAGCGCGCAGCGGCAAGCGCAACAUCAGCAACUUCAUCCGAGGCCACACAGGCACCUGCUGAGAUUCUCGAAGCCCUUCAAGCCUUGGCAGCAGAGAACGCGAAGCUGCACAUGGAGCUUGACAAACUGCGCGCCGAGAAUGACCAGCUGCGUCGUCAGAACCACCAGCUGCGCGCCUCGGAAACGACACGGGGUGCUUGGCUGCAAUCCUUUACACGUAACCGCAAACACAUGGAGGAUGACCGGUCCGUCGGCAGAGACAACGCUUCAGAAGCUGAUCGAGAGGACCCUGCCGCCCUCACCCCUCGUGCGCUUGCGAUGCCACAUGGCUUCAAUGCCCAGCCUGGAAGGACAACGCCGGACAAUGCCCAGCAGCAGGUGCUAUCCCUGCAACUCUAUCCACCGCUCAACGAGUUCUGGGAGGACGUGCCAUGCAGAGGCAUCCCCUACUUGCAGACGGGUUCGCUUGUGCACGUCAAGAUGGGCCCCAACAUCCUCCUUGUGGACCUUCAUGGCAAGAGCCUGGUGUGGCAGGCAUGGAUGUGCAACCACAGUGGCUAUCGCAGCAGCAUGGGCUUCAUUGUGGAGCGGUGCGUUGAGCAGAAGCCCAAGCCAAAGCGAUUCUCCUUGCUCGGAAGCUCGCCAAAAGACGAACGGGCCUGCCAGGAGGGCAAUAUCGGUGAAGCAUUUGUUCUCCGAUCAAGUUGGACUAAGAAGUACGUGAAGAUUGGAGGACUUCUCGACUGGUAUGCUCUGCAAGUCUCAGGCCGAAGUGCCGAUGACGCAGCUGUGUUCACUCACAGGCCGUUGAGCUGCGGAGGUCACAAUGAGUCAUACAGCUUCGCUUUGAAGCUGCACGGGAAGGACAAAUAUCUGAGCCUGCAGCCGGACGGUUCGGUUUCAGUGGACAAAGUAUCCGAUGAUUCCGUGGGCAACAACCACAGCCUCAUUGCAGGCUUCGAGUGCUUGUUGCCAGCUACGUCCUAUGACAUUGUUAUCUACGAACAGCAGAUUGGUCUGACCGUGAGCAAGGACUUGCCACUGCGAGUGGUUGGUUUCAAGAACGUGGUGCAUGUCUCCGGGCGACCACCGGAGGCAGGCCCCGCCGAAGCCAGCGGCCGCGUUCGGGUGGGUGAUGUGAUCACCUCUGUUAACGGACAGGACGUGACAAAGUGGGAGCGCCAGACCGUGCUCAGCCUCAUCAACGAGAAGCGGCCAGUGACCCUCCGGUUUCUGUCGAUUGAUCCGACCUGA